AUGCCUCCUGGGCGCAGGUCUGGGCGCCAGAAAGGCCCUAGGACAGUCUACGUGAAUGAUCCAUUUCAAACUGCAGGCAUCAGUGAUGAAGAAGGUGCAGAUGGCGGAGGUCCACUUCCCAAGAAGAAGGCGAGGCAUGCCGAGGAAGAUGAUUCUCACUCAGACGAUGAGUUCGUUGGAGCAGCCUCGGAAGGAGAGAUUGACGAACCAGCUGAAGAUGAGAUGAUCGAGGAUGAAUUAGAAGCAGACUCGAUGUCGGAAGAUGAUGCCUCUGACCCCGAUGAUAUGGACCUCGAUCCCGACAUUGAUAAGAAGACUUUCAAGAAACAUACUUCGGCCUCUCGUCGACCACGUGAGCUGCAUUUCAAAAAGCGAGCGGCCGAUGGAAUCGUUGUGCCGUCUGCAGAUGAGACACAUUCUCGUGGAAUCAUUGAUCCGAAAGAUCACUUGUCGAAAGAUACCUUUUACACCCUGACUUUUGGCUCAGACGAGCGUGAUAUGAUGGCGGCAAUUCACUCCAGAGGACAAUGGUCGCGGGGAAUCGACUCCACCUUUCCCAGUCGCUAUGCCUUGGAAGGCAAGUGUGAGGACGAUAGAUCUGUGUACGGGCCAACCCUGGGCGUGCAUCCUGAUGACCUCGAGGAAGAAGGCACGCGUGGGUGGGAUUGGUACUACGACAAAAAUACUGGAAAGACAAUCCGCGAACGACAGCGCGCUGAAACCAUUGAAAAGACUUUGGCAUAUCAGAGAUAUCUACCCCGGUCAAGUGGACGGAAACACCGCAUCCGUAUGGGCCCGAGCAAUGACCAGGGAGUUUUUGAUCUCGGUUACCACGAAUCCCUCGAUUUCGGCAAAGCCUGGGAAAAGACAAAAACAGCCAAAAAUCCAGCGCCGGCCCGGCAAGGGUGGAUCUUCAACAUCGGCGGUAAGACGAAUUGCAUGGCCUGGGCUCCCUCUCAAGAUGGCCUCUCUCAGUACCUAGCUGUGGCCGCGCCGCUCACCGAGGACCAAAAGGAUGAGCAUAGGACUGAAGAUAGUGAGCCUUUUACGGCAUUUCAACCAUCACAAGCUUUCCCUGGCGCCCUUCAGAUUUGGGAGUUCAAAGCUAAAAGGACCAAUACUGAUACCCACGCUCUGGACAUGGAACAUGAGCCACAACUCCGGCAGGUCAUUUGUGCCGACUGGGGUGAUUUGAGACGUAUCGCUUGGUGCACUACGCCAAGGUCUAAACGUGAGGAAGACGACGAAGAAGUUCGGAAGCCUAUUGGCUUGCUUGCGACGGUCUGGGGUGACGGGAAAGUGAGAGUCCUGGAUAUCACGAGAGGUCGAGGGCCACAAGAGACUGAAUUCCUCAGGAUGCAGUCAGCUGCAUUUGAAGCAAGACCACCCUCGACAGUAUCGACAUGUGUCACUUGGCUGUCCCCCACCGAGAUUCUGGUUGGUUGUGGAAAUGGAUUUGUGACUGUCUGGAAUAUAACUACGCCCUAUGUACCUGAGCCUUUGCCACUUCUUCAUCGACCCGUCCACAGCACGUACAUACUUUCCAUCACAUCUGCAUACCCAGUCAGCCCUCAUAUCAUUGCCACUGUGUCCAUGGAUGGCGAGACUCGGAUGUGCUCACUAGUCGACCCUGAAAGCGAGACGACCUCAACGGUCCGCGCUCGAGCGGCCGCUCCUUACAUCACAUAUUCUCCUGUUCUUCAGUGCUUUGUUGCCGGAGAUGAAAACGAGUUUGGACGCAUGAUUCCGAUCCGAAGAUUUUUCACCACAACCAACAUUGCCAGGUUGUCCAGCAAUCUUUCGGCCAUGGCACCAGCGAGUCCAUGGCAUCCUUGUGCCCUCUUUGGCAGCGUCGGAGGCGAGGUGGCAGGCACCAAUCCCUUCCGACGGGUUCUCUACAACAAGGAGCAAAUAUGGCAGCAGACUUGGUUCACACAUGAAUGGAUACCGAGCUCAGACUCAAAUUCCCUCGGUAUGAGUCGGUUCUAUGACGGGUUCCGGGCAGAGAAUCAGAAAUUGGCCAAAUACCACACCACCGAAACGAAACCUCUGAGCGGGAUGGGCACUUCCACGACCUACGAUGAAGGCACCCAUGUCACAGCCCUCGGGUGGAACCCCAACCGCCCCUGCGCAGGGUGGGCCAGUGCUGCACUGGGGUGCGGAUUGGUGAGGGUGGAGGAUCUUGCCAUCUAA